AUGUUGGACGGAGAUAUUCCUCCAAAUCUUUCAAAAUUAAGUGCUCUCCAAUUUAUCGACCUUGCAGAUAAUAAGCUGUCGGGAAGUAUUCCAAGGAGCUUUGGAAAUUUUACUGCCAUGAAAGUUAUUGGAAAAUUUUCAAGUAGGAUGACAGAUGCAACAAGUUUCGAGGAUCAGAUGCUAGUAACAACUAAAGGACGAACUCAAGACUAUGAGAAGUCACUUUCGCUUAUGAAUAUUUUGGACCUCUCGGAUAAUAACUUAUUUGGAGAAAUACUCGAAGAACUCACAAGUCUUUCUGGCUUAUUCAGUUUAAAUUUAUCUGGAAAUCAUUUCACAGGAGAAAUCAUUGAAAAUAUCAGUAAAUUACAACAGUUGGAGUCCCUUGACUUGUCAAGGAACAACUUUUCUGGCACAAUUCCUUCUGGCCUCGCUGCCCUGACUUAUUUGGCUCACUUGAACCUCUCAUACAACAACUUAUCAGGGGAAAUUCCUCUUGGUAAUCAACUUCUGACCUUCACUGAUCCAUCUAUCUAUAUUGGCAAUCCUGGUCUUUGUGGGUUUCCUCUGAAUCAAAGUUGCAAAGACAGUGAGACAACACAAGGUCAAAAUAAUGCAGAUGAUGGAGAUGAGAAUGAGAUGAUAUGGUUCUACACGAGCAUGGCACCAGGAUUUGUUGUUGGUUUCUGGGCAGUCUGGGGUACCUUAAUACUUAACAAGAAUUGGAACCUUUACUACUUCCGAUUUAUAGACAACAUGCUUGACAAAGUAUAUGUGCUUACCGUACUGAAAGUUUCUAGGAUCAGAAAACGUUGUUGUUCCCAACAAGGAUGAUAAAUUUGAACAUCAAUAUCUGCUGUAUGAGAGUUCAUCUCAUUAAUAUCAUAUCAUCAGCUUGAAUAAAAUUUAAUACUUCUGGACUUGUAUACAAGUAAGUCAUGCACUCUCAAUUUUGAUCAUUUCUGUCAAGAUCUCAGUACCAUAUGAAGUGUUAUAAUUCUGGGAAUUGCCAGAAAGCUUGCACCUUUUAAUUAGUUUUUCCAAAAUAGACACCCCUUUUUUAGUUGUUCAGUUUGGCAGAAAUGAAAGGAGGUUAAAACUUUUACGAAGAUAUAGAUAGAAUUUAUGGUUUUAUUUUCUUUCCUUUUUCUUUUGAUGUCCAAAUCAGAAGUUAAAAAGAUCCCUUUUUUUCCUCAGUUUAUACAGUAUCUACUUUCAUCCUCUAUUUUCCCAAGUUUAUGGUAUCUACUUUCAUCAAAUGCAUUUGCAUGUCUUGUUCUUCCCAACUAUUACGCGCCAAGACUGACACUAUCGCAAUCACAAGCUCUGCUGUAAAAGAUUUGGCCAUCUUAUUCGAUUAAUUUGACUCUUAAUGAACUUAUGCAUAGGUGUUUUAUAUCAUACAUUACUCUUGUUUAUGAUCUACUCAUGUAAUGCUCCUCUUGUUUGAGAUUCUUGUCUUCAUCAAUCAAAUACAAAUUGGAUGCAUCAUAAGCUCAAGUCCACCAGAUGUGCAGCUGCAUGAUCUUCUUGGAUCUCAUGCUCAGAUCUUUUCAGUUGAUGAGUCUCCCAUUAAUGGGGGACAUGCUGCUGCAGCUGAUGGAAUUGGGCCGAAGAGGCUUUCACAUGCAUGUCAAUGUGACAAGGAUGAUAUGUGCACUCAAGAAUGAUCCAUUUAUGGCCACCUUCAAAAUUCAUGUGAGAUGUCAUAUGCUUUGUUGUUGUUGUUGCUAUUGUUGAAAAGGUAUGGCACAAGAAGACUCUUAAUAUGGUUUUGAGUGUCAACAGUUGUCUUUUCUUUCAUUUUGGUGUUGUUUUGUGAACGAUCAGCGACAAUCAAAGGCCAAGUUCAAAUGGGGCCCCUCUUUUUGCUGUUUGCAUUACCCAAUAAAUAAAAACCCCAAUAGAAAAAGCGUCAAUCAGACGCAGCACUCGAUUACCAAAGCCGUGUCCUCUGCAUAUUCUGUCCCUUUUCUGCCGCUGCUGCUCGUUUUCUCUUCCGCGUCGCUUCUCCGCCUUUUCUAGAUCUCUUGAUUCGCGCCUGAUAUGUCUUCCUCCAAGCCCGCCGGAUCCAUCCAUGACUUCACCGUCAAGGUUGGUGGCCCACGGGGUUUAUGUUUUCUAUCGUCAUCGUGUGCUCCGUUUCCUUGUCUUUUUAGUGUGCUGAUGGUGGCUCCUUUCGAAGAUCGAUUUUUUAGACUGAGUCGGCUGUUCGAUUUGGAGGAUUGCUCGAAAGAUGGGAUUUUGACAAGGGAUUGGUUGUUUUUAUCAUUGGUUUUGUUUUAAUUUGUCAUCCGGAGUCGUCAAGGAGGUUUAUUUUUGAAGAUCCACUGCCCUGUAGUUUUGAAUUUCUUGUGAUUAGGUCUUUCUUUUUUAUUGUUCUUGGUUCUAGGGAUGGAUCGAGUUUACCGUCGUGGUCGAUUUUUUGGAACAUGUUUAAUCUUUUGUGAUUAUAUGCAACUAGAUGUAGUUUUUUAUGGUCAUUGGUUUCUUGUUCGGAACGAAUUCUUGAAGCUAAUGAAGUGUAUUUUCCUUCAUCGUUCUCGACUUAAUCCUUUGUUUUCUGUCAAGUCAAAUGAGAUGGACAGAUCAAUUAGCCCCCAGAUUGGACAACUAUCAUCAUAUUGUAUCUGCUGAUGGUGCUGAUGCCUCGAGUGUUAGGAGUUUUUGUUGUUUGUGGGGGAAGAAAACUUUUUCUCUGCGAAUGUGGGUGGUGAUGAUUGAUGAUGAUCAUCAUCAUGUGUUGUAUGGCUUCCGAUGCAGGAUGCCAGGGGAAAUGAUGUGGAUCUUAGCAUUUACAAAGGGAAGGUCUUGCUGAUUGUCAAUGUUGCAUCUCAAUGGUACUGCAGCUCUAUUAAGUUUGCUUCUGUUCUUCGAGUUACAGAUUAACAUAUGUUAGAAGUGGGCUGACUAACUCAAACUACAAGGAACUAACUCAGCUAUAUGAGACGUACAAGGACAAAGGUAUGCAAUUCUGACCUUAAUUGGCUUAUUUUGGUUUUUGUAAUCAGGACAACUGCCUGUUCUUACCAAUUAAUACCUUAUAAUCAGAUCUUGUUAAAGAAAUGUUUCUCAACAAACUUUCCAAGAGUACUUCAACACUAUUCAAUAGAUGAAAAUAGGAGGAAUUUAUAAUCCCGAUCCAUGUUGUGUCAUCAUUUUGAAUCCAUUCCUUUUGAAUUGGCACUUUCUCCAUCACAAUAACUGGGAAGAGACUUCUACAAUAGCUAGCCUUAGAACUUUUUUCUUUUUUGGCAUAUGUUCAUACAUUAACCAAUCAUAAAAAGAAUAUGAUUCUUUAUGCUGAUUCCCUAGUUAUAAGAUAAGCUGAGACCUAUUUGGCCAAUAUUUUCCCAAUACUUCUUUAUUACUAGAGGCUUCAGGAGUCUUAUAUGUUGUAUUUCAAUUUUUUUUAAGAGCAGGAUUUGUCUCAAUUAUUAUGUGACUUGGACUAUGGUGUCAAUUGAAAGACCAUGACAAACUAAUUAAUAGUGCACAAAUUAUGGCUCAUUGGCUGUAGCCUUUUUUUUAUGAGAAGGGAUGGAGCAGCAGUGUGAGCAAGAAAGAAGGAUUUAAUUGACAUUUUUCAGUGAACAAGUUAAUCCUUGGUUGGUGGUGAAAAGACAGUUUCAUGGUGAAGUAACAAUUUUUGCAAGGAUGUGUUUAUCUUUGGCUAUCAUAUUUUAGUUUAUGUAAUUGUUGCAGAAUAUUUAUUUGCACCAUUAUUCACAUUGCUUGAAGGGAUUGCUAUUAUCACACAGCAUCUUAGCAUUAAGAGAACAUUUUAAGGGUGGCGUUGGACGCCAAAUGGAAAUCAAAUUGGUCUUUGUUUAUUAAUAAAAUCAUGUGUGUUUGUUGUUCUUUAGAAACUUUAAUACUCCUGAUUUCAUUUGAGACUUUGGAAACCUGGGAUUAGCACAAGUCUCUAUGAUACGCCAACAGGUUUUUGCGUUACUAGGUUUUGUGUAACAUUAAGGAACAGAUAUAUUGUUUCUUUGGCCGAGCUGCAUGUUCUUACACUUGUUAAAUUCUCUUUCCUUAUCCUUUUUUCGUCGACUAUUUUCUAAAUCUUGGAUCAUAAAACUCAAAUAGAGUGAAGAUAAUUAAAGUGAACUUUAUCUUCUAAAACAGGCUUUUGCUUAUUAUUAAGAUGAUUCAGAUAAAUUCUGCAAUUCAAAAUUGCAGCUUUUGACACCCAUAAUUGUCCACGAGAAGCAUAUGAAAUAGAAUUGAGGGGCAUAAAUCUUCCUGUUCUCACUAUCCAUCAUGAAGUAAUUUUAUCUAGAAAGGAGAGCCAAAUUUAUGCAGUCAUGAAAUUUUUUGUUCUCAUAUUUCUUCUACGAUGAUUGUUUAAAUGGCACAGAUUUUGGAAUUCUGGCUUUUCCAUGCAACCAAUUUGCUGGGCAUGAACCAAUGAGGAGAUUGUUGAGUUUGCUUGCACUCGAUUCAAAGCUGAAUAUCCGAUAUUUGACAAGGUCAAUGUGAAUGAUCAAAAUACUGCACCCAUAUAUAAGUUCUUGAAGUCAAGCAAAGGUGGCGACAUUUUGGGGGAUGGCAUCAAGUGAAACUUCACUAAGUUCAUGAUGGACAAGGAUGGUUGUGUUGUAGGUCGCUAUGCCCCAACCAUAUCCCUUAGUAUUUGAGAAGGAUAUCAAGAAGCUUUUGAGGCCAGCCUCUGAUCUUGCUUGCACACUGCUGUAGUACAUAUGACCAUGACUAAAGUGUCAAUUGCUUAAAAGAUAAUAUGUUUAUCACAGAAAGGUUAGUCUAAUUAUAUAUCCGAUCACGGGAGAUUUCAAAUAUGGAAUUAAGGAUUCUGGAGACAAGGGAAUGAAAAUUAUAAUUUAUA